AGAUUGAUCAUCAUUUAGAUAAGAGAGAGAAAUACAGAGAUGAGAAGAUCAUUCGGAGGUAACCAAGGAAUGAGCGGUGGUAAUGGCGGAAUGAUAAGAACAGUUCACAGGGCAGUGAAAGCUGCCGGCGUCGGUGGAUCAUCUCAAGACCCUUUCUCUCAUUCAACCGCCAAUACUUCCGCUAACAGACCCACUUACAGACCCACCACCGCUUCAAACAUCCUUUCUCUUACCUCACCCAGUUCUUCUUCAUCUCUUACUUCCUUCAAUGUCCCGAUUUCUGCUACUUCAACCCUACCCAACUGGCCUGCUUCUCCGACUUACAGUGAUGACUUUGAUUGGGAGUAUAUUGAUGGAAUUGAAGACGAAAGAGCUCGUGGGUAUUUUGAUGAUUCGAUUCUUGCUUCUGUUCCAACAAGAGAUGAAGUUCAGCUUGCAAUAUCUUCACUUCACCAUGUUAUUGACCCAGCUUCCUUAUCACAAUAUGUCAAAGACAUGCUGCCUCGUUGUUCUGAUUCAGAUAGUGUUGAUGAUCAACUCAUAGAACCAACUGGUUUUAUGCAAUCUCGAAGUUCUUCAGGUAGAUCUGGAUCAGAUUGGAUUGAACCUCCUUCAAUUCAGCUUUUCAAUCAAGGGGCAAUACAUCAUGGGUUCAAUGGGGUUUAUGACGCUUUUAAUCUAUUACAAACCGAACCAAUUGUUCAGAGGAUGGUUAUCUCCUUGUCCUCUGAUCGAGCUGUUUGGGAUGCUGUUCUAAAUAAUGAGGUUGUCCGUGAACUAAAAGAAUCAUUCAAUCAAGAUGGAAAAGAUUCUUCUAGCGAGGGUCAGAACGGUAGUUCUGAUGGCGACGAAGGAGCUGUGAACAUAUUAGGUUUGAUUUUUAACAACACAAAGGAAAAAGUGAGUGAGUUGUUUGAGGGAAUCUGGAAGAUGUUUGCGGAGCUGUUUCGCCAGCCAGAUAAGGAGAAGGCCUUUACGGAUGAAGUUGAUGAUCUGUUUCAGGAAAGGUUGAGGUCUUCCUUCUUCCUCUCGAUUCUAGUAAUGUUGAUUGUGGUUGUGACUCGGGCACAAUCUUAAUUUGACGACACUACACGAUGUUUCUUAUGUUGGUGUGUUUGAGAUAACUACUCUAUAGAGUUCUUUUUUAUAUAUGUUUGUGUUGUUUUAGGAAAUCUUUGUGCUGUCUUUUUAUAAAGAGUGUUGUAGGAAGUUGAAUCUCGAAUACUGUAAAUUAGUCUCAUAAUUUAAUGUUCUUCGCAU